AGAAAACUUAUAAAAGAUGGUCUGAUUAUCCGCAAACCAGUGACUGUUCACUCAAGAGCUCGAUGCCGGAAAAAUACUUUGGCUCGUCGAAAGGGGAGGCAUAUGGGCAUUGGAAAGAGAAAGGGUACAGCCAAUGCUCGUAUGCCAGAAAAAGUUACUUGGAUGAGAAGGAUGAGAAUUUUGAGACGUCUGCUACGUAGGUACAGGGAGUCCAAGAAGAUUGAUAGGCACAUGUACCAUAGCUUGUACUUGAAGGUUAAGGGUAAUGUGUUCAAGAACAAGCGGAUCUUGAUGGAGCACAUCCAUAAGCUGAAGGCAGAUAAGGCUCGCAAGAAGCUUCUGGCUGAUCAGGCUGAAGCCCGCAGGUCUAAGACCAAGGAGGCGCGUAAGCGCCGUGAAGAACGCCUCCAAGCAAAGAAGGAGGAAAUUAUCAAGACUUUAUCUAAGGAAGAAGAAACUAAGAAAUAA